UACAGGUGCCUGGUAGUUGAUGACUUGUAGAGAAUCCCCCAGAAACACUGGCAGGGGCUCGUGGACAGCCGUUAUUGUGCCAACACCACCGUGCCUCUCUCUCACGACAACACAUCUAUCCAGUGUGCCGUUGAUCCAGUCAAUCCGGUUUGGGCCAUCUCCUGUCGAUUGUCCGGACGAUCGAUCAGGAUACCGUCACCCGAUCCACUACAAUAAGGUCUUUGUUCUCAUUCCGGCGCCGGGGAUUGAACGAACAAGAAACAUAUCGUCAUCCCUCUUUCAUCAUCAGCUUUGAGAGUCGAGAUUCAUUGAGCAUAUUAUUACUGCCCAAUACUUCAAUAUCAGUGCAGAAGAACUGUGUUUCAGCAACCCCAGGUUUCAACGUCCCUUCAGAUUGUUGACGCCUCCGGCACCAGCACUGGUCAACCUGGACCUACCGAAGCAGUUUAAAGCCUGACGCCGGCUCUGGGAAGAGACAGGCGAGCAGGGAAUCUUGAAGCACAAAAGCGGACGCGGAGCCGAAGUUGAGGCAGCGGGUGACGCUCCCAGUGCCUGUUCCAGCGAGGCAUCAACCACUCAAUUUAGUGCUGCGUCUGCACAACUGCAGUGCUUGGCUGCGCCCCUCGGCUCAGCUUGCACUUUAUCUGCUCCCCGGUGCUGCCUGAGCUAUUACUGCGAGUUCCCGGGACCCCGUGUGCACUGUUCAGCAGGCGUCUUAUUAGGCGUUUGCCUCCCCAAGCUCACCCCCUAAACUCGCCAUUAUUGCCGACCUCCAGGCGACCUCCAGGCCCAAGCUUUCGUCAUUCAACGUCCCGAUUAUUAUUAUUACUGCGGCCAUAACAACCACCCUCCCCUGCUCUCAAGCCAACCCCCCGGCUCGCAUCGUCAGCCCGAGACCUCGCCGUCACCCGCUAAGCCAAAAAGUUCCCGUCCCUCUCAAACUAAACUCAACGCAUAUCCACGCACGACGCGUUCCACCCUCUUCCAAACAACUACACGCUCCAUAACUUUCGACGUUCCUCUCUUUUAUUACUAGAGGACCGUCAUCUAUCACAAACAUACCCUCUCGUUAUUUGACUUUACCACGCGACAACAAUGCAAUCUGUUGUGUAUCCCUACACCGUGACAAACAGCUACAAAGGGGGUCUCUUCAUGCGUACCUACAGGCGCAAUGUUCGACGCGCGUGGGACGGCGAAGACUAUCGCCCUCCGAAAAGACAGCGUCUCAAUGAGCCAUGGAACGCGCCGGUCGCUUCCGCUUCAGGCCUCAAUGAGAAUACGCUGAAUGAGGUGGACAUGGAAGACAGUCUUGAACGCGCUAUUCGUGAAACAAGUGUGGCGGCGUUGUCGUCUUCACCUUCACGUCGAAACAGCACCAUCUUUUCUGCUGCAGAGUCACAGGAGGACGAUGUAUCCUCAAGCACGCUCACUCCCCCUUCUUCGCCUCCACCACGACCAGACCUACAGCUUACGCCUGCCAAAAAGAAGCCGAGGAAGCCAGAAUUUUCUGUUCUCAGCAAAGACAAGGCGGAGAAGAAAGAACAGAGACCUGCAAAGAGAAAACGCGUCACGCCCGCGGCCGAUCCGGAUACCCCGGCAGACACGCGUCUCGACCUCGAACCUCUCUCCGAGAUGCAGAACACGAGCGCGCGCGCUCCGGCAGAGAAGUCGACGAUCAAAAUCGCGCCUGACACCGAGGAUCGCGAUCAAACACCGCGACAACCCCAACAGGCCUCGAAGCCGACCGCAGCCAAGCCCAAGCAAAAUCUUACACAAACCAUACUCGAUUUCGGUCAGUCGCUGGCCCCCACCACAUGCGCGGUGUGCCAGAUGUCAUACAAUCCAUCCAUAUAUGAGGAUGCGCAGCUACAUAACAUGUAUCACAACCGGCACAAUUCGGGUAUCGAAAUGGGCAAGCCAUUCAUCAAGUCGGCGAUGAGAUGGUGCUACCAAGUGCCGCAUAUCCCUGGAAGCGUUGUCGUGGUUGACCGCAAGAUCGCGCUCCCCGGGCGACGAGCAGUGCAAAAGGUCCUGGGCAUAGUCAACAAAGAGCUUGGCAGCGUCGACAUCAAAGAGGAAGGGCUGUGGAGCCAACGAAUUCUGGAAGACGAGAAAGAAGGGGAUUUGCACACGCGCAAGUGUGAUCGAUACAAGGCCUUCUUGCACAUCAUUGACGAGAAGUGCGUGGGCAUCUGUCUCGCCGAGCGCAUCUCCAAGGCGCAUCGCGUUCUUCCCUGCGAGACGUCGACGAGCGAAACAAUCGCCCUCAAGGAUCAUUUGGAACCAGCCCGUCCUGUCACACCGGCUCCUACCGAAUCGAAUGCCCAGAGUUCCUCGACCGAGCUCGCGCCGAAAAGCGCGCAGAUUCCCACUCCGAUCGCCAGUCCGACAGGAUCUUUGCCCUCGUCCAGCAUUGCUAUUUCUGAGGAAACUUACCCGGCCGUCGUGGGUGUGAGCCGCAUCUGGACAAGCAGGGCGUUCCGCAAAAAGGGCAUCGCGCGCAACCUGUUGGAUUGUGUCGUAAGUCAAUUCAUUUAUGGGAUGGAGAUUGAGCCGACGCAGGUGGCAUUCAGUCAGCCGACGGAGAGCGGAGCGGCUUUGGCCAGAUCAUGGUUUGAAGCGGAUGAUGGAUGGCUGGUUUAUCGGGAAGAUUGAGUGAUGUUGCUUCCCUGUGCUCGAUGAUGACGCGGCACAAAUCGGAGAAACAACUUCGCGGCUCGUAUGAAUCGGGCUGGUGCACAGAAUUCAAUUGGCAGGUUUCAACAAGGCACACGCGAUUUGUACUGCUGAAGUGAUGCCUUGGGAUGGACAUGAAAUUGACGCCAUGGCGAAAAAAAGACUGUAACUAGGAUACUACAGCACUACUGUCUAUUCCUGGUACUAUUCUGGACUGGACAAUGCACAGAAGACAGAAGUACCCAAUCGAUGUUUGUAUGCCAGAGACUGUUUGCAUUUUUUUUGGCUCGCUGUGUAGUAAAGUAUUACUUAUAUUACAGUAUAUCUGGCAAAAUCACCUUGUUCGCAUGCGUAAGUCAUACUCUUGCUUGCCAUGAC